AUGGAGGGGGAGGAAAAAGGAGGUGCUCUGGGGGCGGAGAGUGGUUCGUCGUUGUGUUCCAUCGGAAAGGAGUGCAUUGCUGAGUGCGGGAAAGCGGCCAGUCGGCGUGGUGGGGAGUGCGUGGUUGUGUUGGUCAACUGUCCACUUGACCCCGAUGACCCCUAUCUGAUUGCUCUUCAUUGCUCACACUACCUGCGUAAUGACAUAUACAUUGCCGUCACCUCUAUUACUAAUACUCUUCUACCACUGUUGACGAUCGCUGGUAUCUAUCACUUUCCACUGCCUCAUUCACUCACUUUUAUUCACUCAUUCAUUCAUUCAUUCGCUCUAUCAUUAUCACUAUCAUUGUCACAAUCACUGCUGUUAACACCAUCGAUUGAUCAAUCAGUAGAACUGAGCCACCGCAAUUUCAUUUCUGCGAAUGCAGACCUGCUCGAAUGUCUACAUUUGUGGAAUGCCACUUAUUAA